GAGUUGGAAUGCUCACACGUAAUUCCUUCGUAUUUUUAUUAUGUUUUAUCGGAACUUAACCUCAAUUCAGAUUAAUUAAGCUACACUAAACAUAAUCAUACAUCCUCUCUUUAUUCCUCCGCAUCUUCCUUCUGUUCUCCCUCUCUUCGCGAUGGCGGGGGAAGCCGCCGCGGCCGACACGCCCUCGGAACCGCCGGCGAGCAGUGAUUUCGUCAUCCACCAUCGAUGGUCGAGGUCCCCCGCCGCCGCGGACUCCUCCCUCCCGCGGUUCCAGCCGAGGGCGCUCCACGUCGGGCGCGCUUACCCCAACGGCGGCGGCGAAUUCGAGCGCCGCCCUCGCGCUGGAGAGGCCACGGGGUACACCAGCCUCCGGGACCUCAUCGACUCGCCUCCGCUGCCCAGCGGGGCCUCGUCCCCAGCCGCCCCCGGCGCCGGCGGGGGCCGGGAGAUCCGGAUCAGGAACCGCCUCGUGAAGCAGGCAGCGUACGCGUACCUCCAGCCGACGCCGUCCGCGGCGGAGUCCGACCGUCUUCGCCGCCGCCGCCAGUCGCUCCGUCGGUUCCUCGCCGUCCUCACCUGCGGCCUCGGCGUGGACCCGCUCCUCUCCUGCAUCGAUUUCGUCUGCCGGCUCGUCCAUCGUCCGCGACGAUGACUCCUCCUAACGGCAGCACUAACGGCGUCUAACAGCCCUCAUUCAGAUGUCUUUGUAUGUGGGUCGUCUUUCCCCUCGCAUUCAACAACUGUACAACUGAAAGUGGACAUGACUUUGCAAUUUAUGAAGCUUACUCUAGAUACAGAGAGAGCUCUUCGAGCUUUGAAGGAAGCCUGUAUGUGGGGAGCAAAUAUUUCUUAGUUGGUCAAAUGGACAGCCGAGAGUUUUCCAGAAGUUGGCAAGGACCAUCAGAUCUCAUGAACCCUUUUAUCGAGGAGGUUGAGAGAAGAAAAUAAUGAGGUUGGGUUCAUGGUUUCCUAUGACAGAAGGGGAUUUUCUGCUGGGCCAUCUCAUCCCUCGAUGUAUAACUGUAAAUGGCAAAUAUGAUACUGCUGCUUGCAUGAAUGAUGAACAGAAUAAUGAGUAGUAUGCAGCUUUCACUGUUAAGCUGAAGAACCUGACUUCAGCCAGACACAAGGCAAGCAGUUCCACAAGGUUAACUGUUAAGGGAAUAAUUUUGGCUCCGAAGCACCAUAGACUAAGAGCACCAGAAGAGGACCAAAUAUGCUUCACCGUGGAAAGGUACCUUGGAGUUGCUCAUCUGUGGGCAUGGGAAAUGAUCUACUAUUGGCUUUUAAAAGUGGGUCCAAUUUCUGCUGAGAACUAUGGAGGAAACUUGAGCAAAAUAAAGAAUUUGGUAUUGUAAAUAAACACAUCAGAAGCAGUAAUGGUUGGGGAGAACACAAUCACCUUGAGCUUCAACAAAGUCAGUUUUUUCUCUAUGGUCUUGUUGGCUGGGUGCGAAUGUGUAUCCUGAAAUGUUCUCCUACCAUCAGGAAAAUAUCCUACUGCUGCAAAUGGCUUGACUUCUUUCACCUGUUGAUGCUGGUAAGCAGCCUUGUGUGGGGUACCACUUUGUAGUAAGUUUUAAAGGAUCAUACCUACCCAAAAGACAUCCAAGAUUUAGAAUCAGAGUGUGAUACUGAAUGCCAAAUCAUUUUGCUCUU